CCCCCACCCUCGUCCCAGAACGGGAAUGACCAAUCCCGCCGCCGCCUGGCCGUCUACUGCCUGAAGGACGCCUUCCUGCCCCUGCGGCUGCUGGAGCGCCUCAUGGUCCUGGUCAACGCCGUGGAGAUGGCCCGAGUCACGGGCGUCCCCCUUGGCUACCUGCUCACCCGGGGCCAGCAGGUCAAGGUGGUGUCCCAGCUGCUGCGGCAGGCCGCACGCCAGGGCCUGGUGAUGCCGGUGGUGAAGACCGAGGGGGGCGAGGACUACGCGGGAGCCACAGUGAUCGAGCCCCUGAAAGGGUACUACGACGUGCCUAUCGCGACACUGGACUUCUCCUCGCUGUACCCGUCCAUCAUGAUGGCCCACAACCUGUGCUACACCACGCUGCUGCGGCCGGGGGCCGCCCAGAAGCUGGGCCUGACCGCCGACGAGUUCAUAAAGACCCCGACGGGGAACGAGUUUGUGAAGGCAUCCGUGAGGAAGGGGCUCCUGCCCCAGAUCCUGGAGAACCUGCUCAGCGCCCGGAAGAGGGCCAAGGCUGAGCUGGCCAGAGAGACGGACCCCCUGCGGCGGCAGGUCCUGGACGGGCGGCAGCUGGCACUGAAAGUCAGCGCCAACUCUGUCUACGGCUUCACCGGGGCUCAGGUGGGCAAGCUGCCCUGUGUGGAGAUCUCCCAGAGCGUCACAGGCUUCGGGCGCCAGAUGAUCGAGAAGACCAAGCAGUUGGUGGAGUCCAAGUACACGGUGCAGAGCGGGUACAGCGCCGAUGCCAAGGUGGUGUAUGGAGACACGGAUUCCGUCAUGUGCCGCUUCGGGGUCUCCUCGGUGGCCGAGGCCAUGGCCCUGGGCCGAGAGGCGGCCGACUGGGUGUCCAGCCACUUUGUGUCGCCCAUACGGCUGGAGUUCGAGAAGGUCUACUUCCCCUACCUCCUCAUCAGCAAGAAGCGCUACGCCGGCCUGCUCUUCUCCUCACGCCCAGACGCCCAUGACAAGAUGGACUGCAAAGGCCUGGAAGCCGUGCGGCGAGACAACUGCCCCCUGGUGGCCAACCUGGUCACCUCGUCACUGCGCCGGCUCCUCAUUGACCGGGACCCGUCGGGGGCUGUGGCUCAUGCCCAGGAUGUCAUCUCGGACCUCCUGUGCAAUCGCAUCGACAUCUCGCAGCUGGUCAUCACCAAGGAGCUGACGAGGGCCGCGGCCGACUACGCGGGGAAGCAGGCCCAUGUGGAGCUAGCCGAGAGGAUGAGGAAGAGGGAUCCAGGCAGCGCCCCCAGCCUGGGGGACCGAGUGCCCUACGUCAUCAUCAGCGCCGCCAAGGGCGUGGCAGCCUACAUGAAGUCAGAGGACCCCCUGUUCGUGCUGGAGCACAACCUGCCCAUCGACACCCAGUACUACCUGGAGCAGCAGCUGGCCAAGCCCCUGCUGAGGAUCUUCGAGCCCAUCCUGGGCGAGGGCCGGGCCGAGGCCGUGCUGCUGCGUGGCGAGCACACCCGCUGUAAGACAGUGCUGACAGCCAAGGUCGGGGGGCUCCUGGCCUUCGCCACCCGCAGGAGUAGCUGCAUCGGCUGCCGGGCCGUCCUGGGCCACCACGGAGCCGUGUGCAAGUUCUGCCUUCCCCGGGAGUCGGAGCUGUACCAGAAGGAGGUGGCCCACCUGAGCGCCCUGGAGGAGCGCUUCUCCCGCCUUUGGACACAGUGCCAGCGCUGCCAGGGCAGCCUGCACGAGGAUGUGCUGUGCACCAGCCGCGACUGUCCCAUCUUCUACAUGCGGAAGAAGGUGCAGAAGGACCUGGACGACCAGGAGCAGCUCCUGGCGCGCUUCGGGCCGCCCGGGCCGGCCGCCUGGUGACCCCGAGGCCGGGGCAGCAAUAAAGGCUCGGCUUUGGA